AUGGCGGCACACUACGACGAUAAGGCCUCCGUGAAGGAGAUUGAGCAGACUCACAAUGAGGUUGCUGGUCGUCAAUUCGGAGAUGACAUUGAUCGACAUCUUGCUGUUCAACUACCUGAAUCUUUGCAAGGGCUCAGUGCCGAAGAGAUCGAAAAGAUUGAUAAAGCCGCCACCAGAAAGCUUGAUCUGUUGCUUAUGCCCGUUUUAGUUGCUCUUUACAUCCUCAAUUACUUGGACAGGCAAAAUAUCGGUUCGGCCAAAAUCGCGGGCAUUGCCAAGGAUCUUAAAAUGACCACGACUGAUUACAACACAGCGGUGUCUGUUCUGUUUGCUGGUUAUGUGUCUCUGCAAGUUCCCUCCAAUAUGUUGGCCUCCAAGCUUCCUUACCCUGGUAUUUACAUAUGUGUGAUGUGUGGUGUAUGGGGAGUCAUUUCAGGCUGUACCGGUGCUGUGCAAUCCUUCGCUGGUCUGGCAGUAUGCCGUUGUUUCCUUGGUUUCGCGGAAGCUGCAUUUUUCCCUGGUGCUAUCUAUCUUGUCUCCACCUUCUAUCCUAAAAGACAGAUGGCUUUGCGAACCGCCAUUCUCUACUCGGGAUCCCAAAUCGGUAAUGCUUUCGGUGGGUUGUUUGCCCUCGCUAUCUUAGAGCUCGACGGAGCACACGGCUUAGAAGGAUGGAGAUGGUUGUUCAUCGUCGAAGGUAUCUUGACAGUAGGACUCGCCAUUAUCUUCGCUACUUUCAUUCCCAAUAAGCCCAAAACCAUUCGAUGGCUCACUCCACAAGAAAAGGAUCAGUUACAAUACAGACUAGAGGUUGACAGAGCCUCUAAAGACGCCACAGAUGAAGUGUCUGUCCUUACCGCUUUCAAAAUGGCCGUUACAGACCCUAAGACUUGGUUACUUUGUGGAUGUCUGCAAAUGAAUUACAUUGCCGCUUCAGUUACAAAUUUCUUCCCCGUUGUUGUCAAUACUCUUGGUUUCAAACGAACAAUCACCCUUGCGCUCACUUGCCCUCCUUACAUUCUCUGCUGCAUAGCCGUUAUCACCAAUGGCUGGCACUCGGACAAGAAGAAUGAACGAGCCUUCCACAUCAUGGUUCCUUUCAUUUUCACCAUCCUCGGUAAUGUUAUUGCUGUUGCCACCACCAACACUGCUGCCCGAUACUUUGCCAUGUGCAUCUUGCCUCCAUCAUUCUACUCUGCUUCAAUUGUUAUCUUGUCAUGGAUCUCCGCCUCCAUCACUGGACCUGCUGUAAAGCGAGCCAUCGUAUACGCCGUUAUCAACGCUCUUUGCAACACCCCCAACAUUUGGACAUCAUACUUGUACUUCAACGCUCCUAAAUAUACCGCCGCUUUUGGUGUCGACUUAGCAGCUGCUGUUGGAACAAUUCUCUUUGCUGCCGCUACUCUGUUCUACCUCAAGAGACAGAACGCCCGACUCGAACGAGGCGAAGACACCGGAAAACAUGGUCCAUCUCCCGUUCAAAUCGAGGCAGGCUUCAGAUAUCAAUUGUGA